GAUUUUUCAACUUUUUUGUAAAUUAGUGCAUGAAAAACUCCAACUUGUAGUUAGUUUAGAGUCACAUAGUAUACAUGUCGUUAAGGUUACAUAGAAAUUCUCACAAGAGUGACUGAACUUAAAGAUGACAGAGAGCGUAAUCGGGUUUCUUUAUUGUAUGAGAGUUAAAGUUGGGUUUAACCAUGCAAGUGGCAAAUGAGGUGCAGACUGAAUUCGGUGUUAGAGUUGUGAUCCCUAUAGUGGAGACUACCUAUUGUUACAUCAGUGAGGCACCGACCUUCAAUUCUUUGUACGUGUCUAAAUAUGUGCUUUUAGAGUGUGUGUCACCGUAUGUUAAUUCCGGGUAGAAUGGUGAGAUACCCAACCUCCCACCAAUAGAAGCACAACUUUGAUCUCUUGGGUGUUAUUUUAUGAAUCAUGAUGGUGACAUCGAAUUGCUAACUUACAUACCACUUGUAAUCUUGUUCGCAGUUAGCACCAUCCACUUUAUCUCUCACUACACCAACAAGUCCACAGAAACACCACCAUCAACAACAAGAGGAGCAUCACAAAUUCGAAGGAAAGUUGAAGACGUUCAAGGUUUACAAGAAACAGUACAAAAAUGAGCAGAUUUUAGAUUCAAGUAAAGCAACAAGACAAGGAGCAGAAUUUCUUACAAGUUGAAGACUUAUGUACAAUAGCAAAUAUUAUCAAGAUGAGAUUUCAAGAAGUUAACGAUAUCGAGACAUACGAGUUAUGAAGAAUCAAGCGGUAAAGUACUUACACCAUGGCUUUUGUACUUGCAUUUUUAUUUUAUCUUAUUUUUUAAUUUGUAUUUUAAUUUCUCUUGUCUCAAAAAAAAAAAAAAUUGGGUCAUGGUCAUCAUCAUUCUAGGUCUCUUGUCAAAAAAAUGAAAAAAAAAAGAAGAAAAAAAGAGACAAGAGAAAAUUUUGUUAGGUUCAUUAUCAGUUUUAUUUAUUUGUUUUGUUUUGUUUUCAUUUUAUAUUUGUUUUAUUUUUCUUGUCUCAAUAAAAUUAAGACUGGGGUUUUCUUUUAUGAAGAUUUUGUAGAUUCAAACUCCAUGGCGUACUUUUGUUUUAGGUUUUGUUUUUAGGGAUUGCAGCUUUGGUUUUCGUCUGUGAAGGGUUUGUAGUUUUUGAUUUCAUGGUGUAGUAUUUGAAAUUAAGGCUUCGUGUUUGAAAUUGUAAUUGAAAUUAGGUUUUCGUCUGUGAAGGGUUUGGGUCUCCUUCUCCUUCUUGUUCUUCUGUCUCUUUGUAAUUGGGUCUUCUUAUGUGACAGGUUUGAUGAUUCGAUUUUGAAAUUAGGGUUUCCUUUUCUGUGACGGGUGUGAUUUUUCCACUGUUAGAUUUUCGAAUUUCGUAGAAGGGGUUUAGGGUGUUUUUUCUAAGUGAUUGAAUUAACAGGUUUUGUGGUUUUCUUUGAGCAACUUUUGAAGGUGCGGUAGUAGGGUUCUGCAAGUGUUUGAAGUUUCUUUUGUAAGUAUUCAAUUUCAUUUUUGAGGUUUCGUGGUUGAAUUUGUGUGUGAUGCAGUUCUCCUUUUAAGUUGUUUUUUUUUUGAGAUUUGUUGAAGGAGUUAGUUUUUUCAUCUGUUUAGAUUGUAAAAAUAUUUUUAGGGAUUUCUUUGUGCAAUUUUUUAAGAAAUAUAGGAAAAGGCUUUGCUAAUGUUCGAAGAAUUGGCUUUUUCUAUUGUGAAGUGUGUGAAGAAACAGGUUUAGUGAUUUCUUUUUGAACAACUUUGAAGACUUUGUGUUGGGGUUUCUUCUGUGAUAUUUUGUAGAUUUCAAUUUUGAGAUUUUUCCUUGUUUUAAUUAGUGUUUCAAUGAUUGGUACUUUAAAUAUUCAAUUGGAUUUAUUUACCUAGUUUGAAUUCUUCAUCCUCUUCUCAGUGAUUGGGGUAUUUUUCUUAUUGCUUUAUUUCUGUAUAGCUUCAAUUAGGGAUUAGAGUAUUUUUGUUUGUUGAUUCAGGUGUUUGUGAAGAUCUGUCUGAUUCUCACUCUCUGCGAAGGUGUUUUUUAGGGAUCUGUUGUAUGGUAGUUUGAGGCUUCGUUAGUGUUGAAAUCUUGAAUUCCCAUCCACUUAUCUUUAAUUCACAUUUUUGGGGGUUGUUCAUUUUCUGAAUCAUUAUGCCUAGAGUUACUAGGUCUAUCCAGGAGCACUGUUUGAGUCCCAUAUCUCAAGUUUUUGAUUCACAAACUACUGAAAGUUAUCUGCAGUUCCCUUUCAGGGAUUUUGAUGGUUGCAAAAAUGGUGUGAGAGGCAGGGGUUUGGCAAGGAGUUAUUUCUUCCCUCACAUCAAAGAUAAACAUUUAGUCCAUGGUGCUGAACAUGAUAGAUGCAGGGACAGAAUUUCGUAGAAUGGUGUUGUCUUUGCUUUAUGGGAAGAAGCUCUUUUACACCUUAAAAUGUGGCUGUGCACCAAGUGUAUGCAUCUCCAAGCUUGGAUCACAUGACGCUGAUGCAAUUUAUGCUCCUCUUAAUGGCAGGGAGGCAUCUUUCCUUAUACAUGGAAUUACUAAACCACUUGAUGAGGUAAGUCAUUGUGUUGAUGAAGAUAUAACUGAUGAUGUUCAUAGUAUGUCCUGUCUUGAUGUUGACUUAUUACAUAAAGUUUUUCAAGCUCAGUUCCAUACUAUUAGACAUAUACCCAUCAAAUGUAGGCUAAGUUUUCCUAGGACUUUCAAACAAACAAUGGACAAAGUUAUACUUAAUCCCUUAGAUAUUUCAUGUUGGAUUAAAUUAUUACUUUUCCCGAUAUGUAUUUUGAGAAAUUACACUCCUAAAUGUAAGGCUAAAGAGAGAUCUAGUAUGCGCAAGAGGUUACAAAUUGCUUCUAUAAAUUAGGCUUUAGCUAAAUGGCGUGAGACAGAUGGUUGUUCUUCCUUAAUUCUGGAUCUCUUGGAAGAGCAUGAUAAUUAUACUAAGCACAGGGUUUUCACUCCUAAAGAUAAUCAAGUGGAUAUCAAUCUUAGAAUUUGUAGCAGGAAGUUAAGUCAGGGUUCAUAUAUUGCUGCCAUUAGGGUGCUUACUUCCAAUGGUGUAGCUCUAUUUUCUGAUCAGACUUUGGCAGAUUUGCAGUUUAAACAUCCUUUUGCACCGCCGCCUACUUUGUUUGCUGCAUCUAAUGAGGUUGUUUCUGCAAAUGUUAGUGCUGAUAUUAUUCUCAGCAGGAUUAGAAGUUUUCCCAAGGGUACUUCAUGUGGAAGAGACGGACUCCAUGCUCAACAUUUUCUCGAUGCACUUAGUGGGCCUGCUGUUGAUGUCGCUGAUAAUAUUUUAGCUUCCAUUACUGCUAUUGUUAAUCUCCUUUUAGUUGAUAAUUUCCCUCCUCAGCUUGAUAUAUUCAUCGCCAGUACCCCUCUUACACCUUUGCUUAAACCUGGUGGCGGGAUUAGACCUAUUGUUGUUGGUACUAUAUGGAGAAGGUUAGUCUCUAAAGUCGUUGCCUUUACUGUAAGUAAAGACAUGACAAGUUAUUUGAAAGACUUCCAAUUCGGUGUAGGUGUACCAUGUAGAGGGGAAGCUAUUUUACACUCUGUAAACCGUAUCUUAGAUGAGAAACGUAAUUUGAAUUCCAUGUCCAUGCUUUUGGUCAAUUUUAGAAAUGAUUUUAAUCUAGUAGACAGAUCAUCCAUGUUGUGUGCAGUGCGACUUAAAUGUCCCAGUCUAUAUAGAUGGGUUGAAUUUUGUUAUGCUUCGCCUGCCAAGUUAUAUUAUGGCACUUCCAUUUUGUCUUCUUCGCAGGGUGUACAGAAAGGUGACUCUUUGGGUCCCCUUAUUUUCGCUUUGACGCUUCAUGCUAUUGUAUUGAAAAUCUCUCAGCAAUGCAAACUUGAUUUGAAGGCUUGGUACUUAGAUGAUGGUACCAUCAUAGGAGAUACAAUAAUUGUCUCUAAGGCGUUUCACAUCAUCAAGAGUGAAGGUGUUUCUGUAGGGCUUGACCUAAAUAUUCAUAAAAUUGAACUUUUUUGGCCUUCUUUUGAUGAGAGUAGUACUCAGGUCGGUGUUUUUCCAGCUGAUAUUGGAAGACCAUCUGUGGGGGUUGAACUUCUUGGUGGUCCUGUAAGUUUGGAUACUUCUUUCUGCAACCAGCUUGUUCUUGACAAAGUGCACAAGACUACUCAGUUAAUGGAUGUUGUUCAUCGGAUACAUGAUCCACAGAGUGAAUUGUUGCUGCUUCGAAACUGUGCAGGAGGGAAUUCGUGUCCGGUGAUUGUCCAGGUUAUGGUUUGUUACAAUACAGGAUUGUCUCUCUACCUAUACGAGAUGGUGUCCUAAGGAUCUAUUCUAUGUUUGAUACUAUGCAGUAUUGUUACUUAACAUCCUGUUCAUAGACCUUACACCUGCAGGAGAAUAUAUUAAAAGGUUCAUACUUUCCGGUAAAAGUUUUAGCAUAUCAAGCUGCUUUUGACAAUUUCCUUCAGGUUAGCGGUAUUUCAUCGUCACAAUACUGCAAUCUCAUUACUUCCCCCCAUCCUAUGCAUGCUUUGGCAGUUCAGUACUUUGCAUGUGUGACUAAGAAAAUGUCGUCUCUUUUCAAUAUGUCAAGGCGAGAUUUAACAUUGUGGCAGUGCAAUAAAACUCCGCAUGCACAGGAUUAUCUUCUUGCUAUUCCAGCGGAUGGACUUGGACAGAAAAUUGGGCCACGUCAGUUUUGUGCAGUGCUUAGUUAUAGAAUUGGUAUUCAUUUGUUUGUUGUUAACAAUUCUUGUCUUUGCUGCAAUAGGGAUAUGGAUGUGUAUGGUGAUCAUGCACUUCAUUGUGCUAGUGAAGUUGGUAUUAAUUUUAUACAUGAUCUUGUUAGAGAUACCUUCGCGGAUAUUUGUUACCAUACGAGUGUACCUUCUUAAGUUGAGGCAUCUUUGGGGUUUCUUUCUCAUGAUGGUGGUGAUGCUAGGCCGGCUGAAAUUUUGGUUUACAAUUAGGAGGAAAGGCGCGAUACGUGUUUUGAUGUGACUGGGGUUUCCCCUUUUGUUGGGGGGUGGUGUGCAAGCUUUUACACCGGGUUUCGCCGUGGCUAAAGUCGCUGAGUGGAAGAAGGUUAAGUACCUUGAUGUAUGUGGAUUGAAUGGCUAUAGAUUUGGUACCUUGGAUUUUACUACCUUAGGUGAACUUGGUAGUGAAACUAUUGAAUUUUUGAAACGUUCGAAACACUACAUAGCUAGACAUGAUGUAAAUAUUUAUAUUUUUAUUAGAAUUGGUUUAGUUAUUCAAAAAGGUGUUAGAGCCCAACUUGUUGCUAGUUUACCAUCUAGGUUCUUGUAAUAACUUUUUCUUUAAUAUUAAUUAAAUAGGCUUUUAUUUUA